GUACAAACAAAAUAUAAUUGCAUUUACCUUAAAUGUGUUUUGUUUAGUUUUUGAAGCACAACUUAACCUAAACCCCAAAAAAAAAAAAAAAGAAGCACAAUUUUAAAUAGUCGGAAGUGAAAAAUAAACUGUAUUUAAUAAUAAUUUAGUUUGUUUGAAUAUAUAUUAAGCAUGUAUACAUGUCUUCUGUUGGAACUCUGAAUAAAAGUGUAGGGUAUGGAGGAAGAUUGCCCGCAGUAUAAAUAUCGACCUUCGGCCACUGUAAUACUUGCGAUUGAUAAAAACGAUUUGCUUUCCAAACACAAUUAUGAGAUUCUACUUUUUGAACGCACUACGCAUACGGCUUUUACGCCUGGGCACUGCGUUUUUCCUGGAGGCACUUUCGAAGAAGCAUCAGAUGAAAGCCAAGAAUGGUUGGAUUAUUUUAAAAAUUAUGGCAUAAACCCAAAUCUACUGGAUAGUUUAAUUGUUCAAUAUUCCUGCAUUAAAAGAUCAAAUCCUCUUCUAACGAGCGGAAAAAAUUUGUCACGCGAUAUUUCAUUGCGAAUAACCGCCUUGCGCGAGACAUUUGAAGAAGUUGGAAUUUUAUUAUUUCGAGAUCAUGAAACUCUCAAGAAGCUUACUUCGACGCCUGCUUUUGGGGAAGAUUACAAUAGUCUGAACUUUGAUCGUGCUAAGUGGCAGAAUGCAGUCCAUAAUGAUGCAAAACAGUUCCUGUACUUAUGUCAGUCUCUUCAAAUAGUUCCGGACUUAUGGUGCCUGUACGAAUGGUCAUUAUGGCGCUCACCACUGGAAGCAACAAAAAGAUAUGAUACCGUAUUUUACUUCGCAAGUCUUGCACAGAGACCAAAAUUAUUACCGGAACGCACUGAAGUCAAAGUGGCUAUGGUCAGUAUCUAUCAAAAUUUGUAAUUAUUUUGCUAUUAUUUCUUGUUCAAUGAUAUUAAAUACAUAAUUAGUGUCGAGGAAUAUGUA